AUGAAAGUGGGGAAAACUGACAAGACGGUCAAAAAGUUCGAAGAGUGUGGUAGUGAAAUCGCCUACUGCGGCGAAGAUAAGGAGGACGAAACCGAGAACCCAACCGCAUUUGGAAAACCCAUAAGCCAACACGUAAAACGCGCGAAAAUCCAUUACAACGAUGAGAUCGUGUUUGAUACGCAAGUCAUGAAAAACUGA